AAGUGGCUGCAGGACAUCACUACGACUGAGGGUUUCAUUCUUAAACAUGGCCUCGUUCUUCCAUAUGCUGAUACUAUUUGCCUCAAGACUCAUUAGCAAAACACUUUUUUUUCCCACCACCAAAAAAUGGCUGGCCACAGCUUGGUCCCUUCUGUACAGAGCUGUACAGAGCCCACAGAGGCAAAGUGAUUUGCUGAUUCGGAGGACCUUGAUGGUGUGUUAUUAUUUAUUUGUUUGACUAAUGUGUACGGUGUUUUAGACUCAGACCUUGAUGGCAUUUGAAAACUGGUCGACUUUCAAUGGUGCUGCAAAGGGUGGUCUUGAGGACAACAAGAAAACUUGUCGUGUUGUGCCCAUUCCAGCAUAUGACAUGAAAGGCAAUCUGAUCAAUCUGCGCCAUUACUGUCAGACUCUUGAAGGUGCAGCUGUGGAAUUAUAUUUCACUCUGAGACACUGGUCAAUCCAUCCAAAGAAGAACCAGCUGGAGAACAGUGGUAUUGAUACCUAUACAGCUGAUAUCAUUUUGAUCCAUGUCAUUUCUCCACCCACCCCAUGUGCUGGAACAUCACUCAAACAAACUGUUUCGUGUUUCUUCAAUCCCAACGAGUCACUGACCAAGAACCACUGCUGAUCGCACAUCUCAAAUUCAUGCUUCUUACUCCGG